CAGUUUCGGGUGAGCACACAGGAAGCCAAGAGAUAAGGAUAUAUAAAAAUAUAUAUAUAUAAAAAUCUACCUGAGAACCACCAUCUAUUGCAGUGUGAUUGGAAAACGACAAAAUGACCAACUGGAAGCUGAUUUUUUGCAGCCUAUGUUUAAUAUCAGUGAUGUCAGCUAGUUUUGGACUGGAAGUGAAGAUGAGUCAAGCUACCAUGGAGGUUGCCAGGGGUGAUGAUGUCACCCUUACAUGUAAUUUUAAACCUAAAAGUCCAAAAAAUGAUCUUAUCGUUAUAACAUGGACUGGUGAUGCUGAUGAGACAUCUGGGGAGAAGGUCAUUUUCGGUAACUAUUACUCCUAUGGUAAAGUAGACAUUGGACCAGACUAUCAAGGCAAAGCCGUGAUAGAAACUGACCUUGAUGCAAAAACAUCAAAAUUGACUCUAAAACAAGUCACUCUUAAAGAAAGCAGAAGAAUUCGAUGUUUUGUUCAGAUUCCUGGAGACAUUGAAGGCAAAACAGCUGACACCAGUUUUCUUUUGGUUCAGGUUGCACCAUCACAACCCCUUUGUAAGGUAGUAGGCACAGCAGAAUACGGACACAAUAUUAGCCUAACCUGUGUCUCUGAGGAGGGCUCACCUACACCAACAUACAAAUGGGAGAGAUAUAAUGUCAAAAAUGUCCCUCAAGCAUUUCCUCUCAAAACCACCGAAAAGGAUGGAGUUCUGUCUUUGGUCAAUGUGUCCAUGGAGACAUCGGGUUACUAUAUUUGCCUGUCAAGCAAUAAGGUUGGAUCAGCCAAAUGUAACAUGACAUUGACCGUAAUGCCGUCCUCUAUGAAUCUUGCUACAAUCGGUAUUGUGGCUGGUUGUAUUGCUGGAGUUACAGUGCUCAUAAUAGUCAUCAUCUGCUGCUACCGCAAACGGAAACAGAAACAGAAACCAAAAGACUAUGAAAUGCAGAAUCCAAUGGUGGAAUACCAUGACAACCCACCACUAGAAAAUACUGAGGACGGGAAUACAGACAUCAUGGCAAUCACUGAAGAGGGAACUGACAAAGCUUGCACUGAUGACCUCAAAAAUCACUUUGAUUACCGCAGAGGUAGCCGUGAUGACCUCGGAGACCCUGAUGACCGCAGAGGAAGUCGUGAUGGCCUCAGAGACCCUGAUGACCGCAGAGGUAGUCGUGAUGAGCUCAGAGAUCGCUAUGAUGACCGCAGAGGUAGUCGUGAUGACCUCAGAGACCCUGAUGACCGCAGAGGUAGUCGUGAUGAGCUCAGAGAUCGCUAUGAUGACCGCAGAGGUAGUCGUGAUGACCUCAGAGACCCUGACGACCGCAGAGGUAGUCGUGAUGACCUCAGAGAUCGCUAUGACGAACGCAGAGGUAGUCGUGAUGACCUCAGAGAUCGCUAUGACGAACGCAGAGGUAGUCGUGAUGACCUCAGAGAUCGGUAUGAUGACCAAAGAGAUCGCUAUAGAUAAAAUCAGCAAGAUCAGCAUGAUAAUCGAACCAUUUAAUUAUUAUGACCACCACCAAAAUGUUUUGCUAAAAGGACAACCACUAUGUCAAGAUGGUAUCCAGUGUUUAUUUUUGUUCUGAAGUUGUUUAAACAUGUUGUUGGAGCUACUAUAUUGUUCUAUUGUUUUAUUAGCCUAUAUUUUCCCCUGUGUUGAUAAUCAAAUCAAAUUGUGGUGUAAACCUGCCGAUGAAUCAUCCUUUUUUAUUUGAUUUUACAGGAUUUUAAUAGAAUUUUGUAUACAGCAAAAAAGUUGUUUUAUGUCUGUUAGCUAAAGUAAUUGACAUUUUUAUUCGGACAGUCCUUCUGAAUCAUGGAUGGAUGUAUUCAUUUAUUUUUUAUAGGCAGGGGUUCACAUGUAAAUACACACUAAUGUAAACUGCCCUCUCAAGGUUUUUUUUUUUUUUACAUUUUUGUACAUUACAUGGCUGGAACUAAUUACACACACCUGCUUUUCAUAGUCUAAAUAAAAGGUGAUUCGACCCAGCCUACUUAAUUAAAAGUAAACUGUUUCAUUUAUUUUUCCCCAAUAAAAUGUGUCUUUGGAACAACA